CCGAGCACCGAGUACCAAGGCCCAAGCGAGUUCCAAUCACUCUCCCUGCCUUCCUCAACGCUUGUCGAUAUAUUAAUCUGAAGAUGGGGUCACCGCCGGUGAAUGAAGAUGCCAUGACGACGGAGGCAACCCAAGCUCCGAUCACCAGAGCCCGGAAACUCAACGCAGAUCUCCAAGACCAAGUUGCCAAGCCAUAUCUGGCGAGGGCGCUGGAGGCUGUAGAUCCGAGCCAUCCAAAUGGGACGGAGGGAAAGGAUCAUCGGAAUAUGAGCGUUCUUCAGCAGCACGUUGCCUUCUUUGAUCGAAACAACGAUGGGAUCGUUUAUCCUUGGGAGACAUUUCAAGGUUUCCGAGCUAUUGGCUGUGAUUUACUCACAUCCAUAGGUGGUGCUAUCCUUAUUAACCUGGUUCUUAGCUAUAGCACUCAACCAAGCUGGAUUCCUAAUCCUCUUCUGCCAAUUUACAUCAAGAACAUUCACAAGUGCAAGCAUGGAAGUGACUCUGAGACUUAUGACACAGAAGGAAGGUUUGAGCCCUCAAAGUUUGAUGCCAUUUUCAGCAAAUAUGGGCUCACCCAUCCUAAUGCUCUCUCAUCAGAAGAACUAUCAACAAUGCUUAAAGCUAAUCGCAAUUUAACUGACUUUAAUGGAUGGAUUCUAAGUUACUCAGAGUGGCAGCUUCUUUACAAACUUGGGAAAGACGAGAAAGGUUUAUUACAUAGAGAAACAAUAAGAGGAGUAUAUGAUGGAAGCCUCUUUGAGCAGCUGGAGAAGAAGAGAGCUUCCCAUUCCAAGAGGUCCUAAAGAUGAUCACCAUCAAAUGCUUCCCAACUUUAAUCUAUAUAUAUAUAUAUAUAUAUAUAGAUAUAUCAUCUUUCUCAAAGGAGUUAAAAUCUAUAAUUAGUUGUCCAUAAACUUGUGAGGAAAUUCUGAAGUUGAUGAAUGGUGGGUUUGGAAUAAGUUUAUGUAGCUGCCAUUGUAUUUUCUUUUCCUUUUUCUUGGAUUUGUUUGUUGUUUCAUGGAUAAGAAUCCUACUGAUAUAUGCAUGAGUGUUACUGAA